UUUGUUGUUUGAGCCGCUGAAGUGAAGCAUUAUUUUAAUUUUAGAAUAUUAAAAAUAAAAAAAUAAGUUGUCAAUGAGUAUUUUAGAAUUUAUAUAAGAACACAUUUGCUUAUCUUCGCAAAUGUUUUAAGCAAAUGAGUAUCAGCUUUUAUAUUAAUCGUUUUAGUAAUUGUCUGUGCACUGCGAUAUAACUCAAAACGGCAUGCAAGUAUUAGUUAUGCUUAAAUUUUGCGUUUCAUUUUCAUAAAUAUUUUUCGAACAUAUUUCAUCUACUUAGUAUUGUAGUGAAUAAAAGAAAAAAAAAUGAGUUUUAGUAGUGACGAAGUAAAUUUUCUUGUUUACAGAUAUUUACAGGAAUCUGGGUUUUCUCACUCAGCUUAUACAUUUGGAAUCGAGAGUCACAUUAGCCAGUCAAACAUCAAUGGAGCUUUAGUUCCUCCAGCUGCGCUUUUAUCUAUCAUUCAGAAAGGAUUGCAGUACACGGAAGCUGAAAUAAGUAUAGGCGAGGAUGGUUCAGAAACAAUGAUAGAAUCCCUGUCUUUGAUUGAUGCUGUUAUGCCAGAAGCUGUUUUAUUACGUCAACAGCAAGCUCAUAAUUCAAAAAAUACUGUUGUGAAAACUGAAGCAUCCAAUUCUAAUGGAAAUGAGGGUACAGCUAAUCAUACAGAUAAUAUGGAUGUUGACGUAAGCAUUGAAAUUCCUAGUAAUCGAGCUACAAUUUUAAGGGGUCAUGAAUCGGAAGUUUUUAUUUGUGCUUGGAAUCCUACUUCUGAUUUGUUAGCUUCUGGUUCUGGUGAUUCAACUGCAAGAAUAUGGAAUAUGAAUGAUGAUGCAGCUGCAAGUAGUGGGAACCAGUUGGUUCUCAGACAUUGCAUUCAAAAAGGAGGAACUGAAGUUCCAAGCAAUAAAGAUGUUACAUCUUUGGAUUGGAAUUCUGAUGGAACUCUACUUGCAACUGGAUCCUAUGAUGGUUUAGCAAGAAUAUGGACAACAGAUGGCCGCUUAGCCAAUACUUUAGGACAGCAUAAGGGACCAAUUUUUGCUCUAAAAUGGAAUAAAAAAGGAAAUUACAUUCUGAGUGCUGGUGUGGACAAGACCACCAUUAUUUGGGAAGCCGCCACUGGUCAGUGCACCCAACAGUUUGCAUUCCAUAAAGCUCCUGCCCUGGAUGUUGAUUGGCAAACCAAUUCCAGUUUUGCUUCUUGCUCAACAGAUCAGUGUAUUCAUGUUUGUAAGUUAGGUGUGGAUAAACCAAUAAAGACUUUUACUGGUCACACCAAUGAAGUUAAUGCUAUUAAAUGGGAUCCACAAGGUGCAUUAUUAGCUUCGUGUUCUGAUGAUAUGUCCUUGAAGAUAUGGAACAUGAAGCAAGAUGCUUGUGUUCAUGAUCUUCAAGCUCACAGUAAGGAAAUAUAUACAAUAAAGUGGAGUCCUACUGGACCUGGUACUAACAAUCCAAAUAUGAAUCUCAUCUUGGCCAGUGCUUCAUUUGAUUCAACUGUUCGCUUGUGGGAAGUAGAACGAGGAGCCUGCCUGUACACAUUGACAAAGCAUUCGGAACCUGUUUAUAGUGUUGCAUUUAGCCCAGAUGGAAAAUAUUUGGCUAGUGGUUCUUUUGAUAAAUGUGUUCAUAUAUGGUCUACACAGACUGGUAGCUUGAUCCAUAGUUACAAAGGUACAGGUGGCAUAUUUGAGGUUUGUUGGAAUUCUAGAGGCGAUAAAGUUGGUGCUAGUGCUUCUGAUGGAAGUGUAUUUGUAUUGGACUUGCGAAAGGCGGCUCAAGAUCAAUGGAUUUCAUUUUGUGGUGUGCGAGAUUAAUUAUUUCUUUCAUCUUUAGAGCUUAUUGAAUUCAUUAGCAUGGCCAGAAUAGUAAUAGUGCUCAUCUGAUCCUUUUGGUUUUGAUUUCAAUUCAGUGUUGGUGGUAUAUGUUUAAGGACAAUGUUCCUUCAGAUUUUAUGUACAGAAAAUUGAUUGUGGAACUUGAAUUAUAUUUAAUCUUGUUCAUCCCAUAAUUUAUACAAAUAAAUGUUCACAGUAUUUUAAAAAACCA